GGCACUACUCCUAGAUCACAUCGUUUUCCAACGAACGCUCCGACGUGUAAGCAAGCGACGCUGCCGUCACCACUCACCCGGUCCAUUCCCGUCCAUGGUUGCGGCCCUUUGGGUGCAAGAUUGCCUCCCCUCCACGCGCGUUUCUUGCGUCUCCUCCGCGCCGAUCCGUCCCCGCGCACGCACCGCAGCAAACCAAAAAAGAGCCCCGAUUUUUCUCAGAAAAGAAUCCCCCCUUCCUGUUCUUCGCCGGCCAAAAUCACCACUCAGCCCACCUUCUGUGGUCUCCGAGCUCUCGGAGUGCGUUGUCGCCGUCGCUUGUAAGCCUGUUGCUUAACCCUCUCGCCUUGCUCCGGCUAUAAUUGAAGGUCUGGGGAUUCUUGGAGGCUCUCCUUCCCCUAUAUUAUGCAGCCGGGCGGUGGCAGUCGAGCGUUGACGGCUAAGGAGUGACUGGUGAGUGAAUUCUUAGGGGGGAGGGGAAUGGCGCGAGGCGUGGCGGCGGCGGCGGCGGCGUUGGGGGUCGUGGCGGUGCUCUUGACCGCCGCCGCGGCGAAGGUCUGCACGAACACGUUCCCGUCGUCGGAUUCGGUGGCGACCCACGCGGAGCGCGCCGCGGCGCAGCUGCGGCUGCCUGCCGGGCUCGCCGCCCGUGGCCACGGUCACGGGCACGGCCACGAGCAGCACCUCACCCCGACCGACGAGUCCGCCUGGAUGGAGCUCAUGCCGCGGAGGUCCCUAGGCGGCGGCGGCGGCGGCAGCACCCCGCCGCGCGAGGCGUUCGACUGGCUGAUGCUCUAUCGCAAGCUCCGGGGCGGCGCCGCCGCCGUGGACGGCCCCGCGGACCCGUUCCUCUCGGAGGCGUCGCUGCACGACGUGCGGCUCCAGCCGGGGACCGUGUACUGGCAGGCCCAGCAGACCAACCUGGAGUACCUGCUCCUCCUGGACGCCGACCGCCUCGUCUGGAGCUUCCGCACGCAGGCCGGCCUCACGGCGACCGGGACGCCCUACGGCGGGUGGGAGGGGCCCAACGUCGAGCUCCGGGGACACUUCGUCGGGCACUACCUGAGCGCCACAGCCAAGAUGUGGGCGAGCACGCACAAUGACACCCUCCGUGCCAAGAUGUCGUCCGUCGUCGAUGUGCUAAACGACUGCCAGCAGAAGAUGGGCACAGGGUACCUGUCAGCCUUCCCAUCAGAGUUCUUCGACCGCGCUGAAGCCCUCACUACUGUUUGGGCUCCUUACUACACAAUCCACAAGAUUAUGCAAGGGCUUCUCGAUCAGUAUACAGUGGCUGGAAACUCCAAGGCCCUUGAGAUGGUUGUGGGGAUGGCUAACUACUUCAGUGACCGGGUGAAGAAUGUCAUUCAGAAAUACAGCAUCGAGAGGCACUGGGCAUCGCUCAAUGAGGAGACUGGGGGCAUGAAUGAUGUGCUAUACCAGCUCUACACAAUAACGGAUGAUCUGAAGCAUUUGACACUGGCCCACCUCUUUGACAAACCGUGCUUUCUCGGUCUGCUUGCAGUUCAGGCUGACAGUAUUUCAGGCUUCCAUUCCAAUACGCAUAUUCCAGUUGUCGUUGGUGCCCAAAUGAGAUAUGAAGUCACCGGUGAUGCUCUUUACAAGCAAAUUGCAACAUCCUUUAUGGACAUGAUAAAUUCUUCUCAUAGCUAUGCAACUGGUGGGACAUCUGCCGGCGAAGUCUGGGCCGAUCCAAAGCGUUUAGCUGCGACUCUGAGUACUGAAAACGCGGAAUCUUGCACUACCUACAAUAUGCUCAAGGUUUCCCGCAACUUAUUCAGAUGGACAAAGGAAAUAGCAUAUGCGGACUAUUAUGAAAGGGCACUGAUAAAUGGUGUGUUAAGCAUCCAGAGAGGGACGGAUCCCGGAGUGAUGAUUUACAUGCUACCCCAGGCACCUGGACGGUCUAAAGCAAUAAGCUAUCAUGGUUGGGGAACCAAGUAUGAUUCGUUCUGGUGCUGUUAUGGAACAGGGAUAGAAUCCUUUUCGAAACUUGGCGAUUCUAUUUACUUUGAGGAGAAAGGAGACACACCAGCACUCAGCAUCAUUCAGUACAUACCAAGCACUUUUAACUGGAAAACAGCUGGGGUUACUGUUACCCAACAACUCGAGCCCCUCAGCUCCUCGGAUAUGAACUUUCGAGUUUCACUCUCCGUUUCCGGGAAGACAAAUGGUCAGUCUGCUACAUUGAAUGUGAGAAUACCAACAUGGACAUCUGCCAGUGGCGCAAAAGCAAUUUUAAAUGACAAAGAUUUGGGAUCAGUAACUCCAGGCUCUUUACUCUCAGUCACCAAACAGUGGAACUCAAAUGAUCACUUAUCACUGCAAUUCCCAAUUGCCCUAAGGACCGAAGCAAUCAAAGAUGACCAGCCGGAGUAUGCAUCUCUUCAAGCAAUUCUAUUCGGGCCAUUCGUUCUUGCGGGUCUCUCCUCCGGUGAUUGGGAUGCAAAAACCGGCAGUGAUGUUUCAGACUGGAUCACUGCAGUACCUUCAUCGCACAAUUCACAGCUGAUGACCUUCACACAAGAAUCAAGUGGGAGGACAUUCGUCCUGUCAAGCUCAAACGGCUCUCUGACAAUGCAAGAACGGCCUGCAGUCGAUGGCACAGACACUGCCGUCCACGCGACAUUCAGGGUGCAUCCUCAGGACGCAGCAAUGCUGCAUGGCACCUACGGUGCAACCCUGAAAGACACCUCUGUGCAGAUCGAGCCAUUCGACAUGCCAGGAACGGUGAUCACCAACAACCUCACCUUGUCCGCACAAAAGAGCGCCGGUUCCUUCUUCAACAUAGUACCCGGGCUCGACGGGAAGCCAAACUCGGUUUCGCUCGAGCUCGGAACCAAACCAGGGUGCUUCUUGGUGUCUGGGGCAGAUUACUCUGCCGGGGCAAAGAUCCAGGUUAGCUGCAAGAGUUCUGUCCAGAGCAUCGGCGGGAUACUCGAGCAGGCGGCAAGCUUUGCACAGGCCGCUCCGCUGAGGCAGUACCACCCAGUAAGCUUCGUCGCCAAGGGGGUAAAGAGGAACUUCCUCCUGGAGCCGUUUUACAGCCUGAGGGACGAAUUCUACACGGUUUACUUCAACCUUGCGGCCUGACGCUGCAAGAUCACUUGCGCCUUGGUACAAACAAAACCAGAAUAAUACACGCCCUCUUUCUUCUCAUGUAUACUGUAGUUUACAACAGGCAAUAGAAGAGGAAAUGAGUUUGUUUCUUCUGGAAUACUGUGAAGUUACAACUAAAUACGAUAGUGUCGUUUCUUUGA